AUGAGGACUAGUACUAAACGUCAAACUUUGACAAAAAAACUUGACGACACCUCUCUGGAAAAUAAAGUGCAUCUCAUUGGCGAUAAAGAGGAUUUUGAGAAUAUAUUAACAGCGGCUGGCGACAAAUAUAUUAUGGUUGAAUUUUUUGCUACAUGGUGUGGUCCCUGUCGCAUGCUAGCCUGUAAAAUAGAUGAAUUGGCUUCUUUAUACCAAGAUAAGGCCGUUAUGGUUAAAAUCGACGUAGACGAUUUUGAGGAGUUGGCAGCGGAAUAUAAUAUCACUUCUAUGCCUGCGUUUAUGAUAAUAAAAAAUAAACAAAAAGUUGAGCAUUACUGUGGCAGCAAAGUUGAGCAAUUAGAAGAAUUUAUAGAGAAGUACUUGGGAAAGCCCGAAAUGAAAUAA